CAAAUUUCAUGACAUGUUGGUGAUGUUAAAUCUGAUGUGUCACUGGACACUUUAACGGAUGUAAGUUUCCUGACUGUCGGGGACAGCAAUUCAUAUGCACAAGAAGCUAAGAAGCUGCAGAGAACAAUGGACUGUCAAGUGCAUCAUGGGAUACAUCUUUCCCAACCCUAAAGAACAUGGAACAUUACAACACAGCAUCUUGCCCAUGGAUGCUCCGUCUCCCAGCAUCUCUCCGCACGGCACUCAUUCUCCCACCCCACUGGAUCCCGGUUUGGCUCCCCUGGGCAACAGUAGCACAGUUGAGAGCCAGAGGAUUGAGGGUCAGUGACACCAGAUCGCAGAACAGAGGGGUGAGUGUUGGUAACUCUCUAUCGAGGGGUGACAGAGUGAGAACCAAACAAUCUGGAACGCAGCUGGCAGCAGUGAGGGUCGCUUACUCCCAAUCGAGUGGUAACGGAGUGAGGGUCAGUGACUCUGGAUCGCAUGGGGAAGAAGUGAAUCCUGAGGAGCCAGAGCAGAUGCCGGAUGACUACGAGGAACACUUCAUCCCCUUCGACAAGGAUGUUCUACUGCAGCUGUUACUGAAGGAAAUGAGCUCCACUUCGGAGGAGGCAAGGACCUCACUGAGGACCUUGUGCAAGGAGGCAGAAGCAGCUACCGUGAGGCAGUACCACCCAGUUCUGGAGCACCUCAUGGGGCUGUACGAGCCUAUUAACCCUGAUCGAGACACAUUGCCUGCCUGAACCUGGGCGAGCCAAGACAGCUGGAGCAGGAGAAGGCAGUGCUAAGGAACCUCAGUAUGUGAUGGACCAGGCCAACUUCAACGAGCUGUCUGAGAAAACCAUCCAGUACGCCAUGCAGCACCAUGACCCGUCUUCAAGUCCCAGGUCAGUGUCAGGCUGGAGGACUAUGAAUACAUAAAAUUCUGGGCUCUGGGCCUGCGCAAGGGGGUGGUGCCGCAGGAGAUGUGGCCAGCUGAAGUCCUCGAGGUUGUUCUUCCGCCGCCAGGUCAAGCUGCCCCAGGACCGUGCAUUGUCCCAGAAGCAUUGCAGAACACACGUGGUCUGUUGCAAACUUGAGAUGUGCAGCAAUGUUUUUUUUCAGGAGCUACUGCAAGCGUGUGAUCGUGGCGGCCCGUGAGCGGGAGGGAAGGUUGGUCCUCCGGUCGUUCAAGGACAUCCCACUGGAGAAUCUGGAGCACCUGCUGCCCUCGGCACAGCCACGUGUCAGCCUGCCAGGCCGGACCUCCCUCUACCUCAGCCUGGCAGCAGGCGGGGCUGUCCUCUUCGCCAACCUGACCGUGCUGGGCCUGUAUGGACUGCGGCUCAAUUUUGCCCUGUUGCUGGUCCUCUUUGGAGUGCUGAUGGCUGGCAGACUGCGACGCCUGUCUCGGGUGCAGCGGGAGAGGGCGGCGCUAGCCCACGCCCUCGUGUUGGCCGGCCGCUGCACCUCCGGCAACGGAGAGCUCCUGGCAGCUCUGGCCCGACGGGCCCAGCAGGAGCAUGUCAAGGAACUGAUGCUCGCCCAUGCCUUCCAGCUCCUCCUCCUACACCAACACCGUGAGCAGGGAGGCCCCAGCAGCAUCACAUACACCGAUGCGGACCUGGCAGCACUGCUGUCGCUGAGGGUGUCUGAGUGGCUGCGCCGGCAAUCGGGGCUGGCCAUCUCCUUCCGGGGAGCCCGCGCACUGGCCCACCUGCACGAGCUCGGCAGGCAACUGAGGCAGAGCUGAGGAUCAGGAGGACGAGGGCAGCGAGCUGGUGAUGGGCAGCUGUGAGGUACAUCUUGGGACUGCAGGAGGAAACUGAAGCACCCGGAGGAAACCCACGUAUUCAUGAGGAGAACAUACACUUCAGUGUCAGGAAUUGAAUCCAGGUUGCUGGUACUGUAGAGCGCUGUGCUUACCACUGCCUGCCUGCCACCCUUGAUCUUGUAGUACAUAUAAUAAGAUAAAUAUGUAUGUAAAUGUCUUCAAUCAAAGCAGGAUGGUGAGUUUUUGCAGAUUCCACAAAGAUUGAUGGGGUUGUUGACAAAGUAGAGAGCUGUCAAAGAAUAGAUCGGUUACAGAUGUGUGCAGAGAAAUGGUAGAUGGAGUUUAACGCCAGCAAGUCGUCAUCUAGGACACCCAUCACCCAAGACAUGCCCUCUUCUCAAUACUACCAUCAGAUUUCAGAACGAACAAACCCAUGAACACAACCUCACUAUUAUUUGUUCGCUUUUACACUGUUUAUUAAAUUAACUUUAUAUUUUUAUUGUAAUUUAUAGUAUUUGUUAUGUAUUGCUCUGCACUGCUACAGCAGGGAACAACUAAUUUCAUAACAUAUGUCAGCAUUAAUAAACCUGAUACUAAUUCUGGAGCAAGCGGUUACUCUUUGGGGCAUCUGAUGUAAAGGGAAAGUACACUGUUAAAGGUAGGUCCUUUCGGAGCAAUGAAGUGCAGAGGGAUCUUGAGGUCCAAGGCCACAGCUCCCUGAAAGUGGCUGAACAAGUAGGCAGGACGGUAAAGAAGGCAUCUGGCAAGAUUGCCUUCAUCAUUUGGGGCACUGAGUUUACAGGUGAGGAUGUCAUUUUGCAGAUGUGUAAAACUAUGACUCAGCCACACUCGGAGAACACACUGCCAUUUUGGUACCCCAAUUACAGGAGUAUGCAGAGGCUUUGGAAAAGGUGUCGGAAAAAGCUGCCCACAUAAGAAGCUACCAGCGGUGAGGUUAGGUUGGAAAAAGUUAUGUUGUUUUCUGUGAAGCAACAGGGAGAUUCAAUAAUAGUUUAUCGGAUUAGGAGACGUUGAGGGAGAGCAGAGAGUCGGUAUCUUUAUGUCAGAGGAGAAACUAGAGUACAUGCACUUGAGAAUGCAGAUAAACAUUUUAGAUCAAAGUGCAGAUUGUUUGCAGAUGCCACACAGAUUGUUAGGGUUGUAGAUGGAGUAGAUAGCUAUCAAAGAAUACAUCAGAAUAUAGAUCAGUUUCAAGUUAGUGGUUUUUUGAAGAGCCAAGAAAGUGUGUGACUAUUAAAUAAGUGUCUCUUUAGACUUUAGCAUGGCCUUCAAUAAGUUCCUACACACAGUCAGGUGGAUGUGGAUUCAAAAUUAGCUUGGAGAUAGGAAGCAGAGAGUGGUGGUUGAAGGUUGUUUUUCAGAAUGUAGGCCAGCAAAGUAGUCAUGUGUCCGGUACUCAGUGCUGGGAUCCUUUGUAUUUGUACUUCAUUCAAUGAUUUGGAUGCCAACGCACAAGGUGUUCAAUGUUGUCUAAUGCCAUUUCCAGUACACAAAUGUAAAGGAGAAUAAAAUAAUUGUUUCUUCGGAUCCAAUGUAUCACAAAAAAGAAUAAUAAAAUUUAAAAAAUACGAUAAAUAUAAACACAUAAGAGAUUAUACACAUAGACUAAUUAUCAGUCUAUAAUGUAACACUAGGCACAGGAGAGUGUACGUAAGAUGACUUUGGCAGGAAAUGAUAAAGUACUGGUGGUUGGUUGAGGAGAGCUGGGUUAGCAGGUGGAAGUGUUGCUCAGCCUUGCUGUUUGAGGGGAGUAGCUGUUUCUCAGUCUGGUGGUCCUGGCGCAUGUGUAUGUAUGUAUGUGUGUGUGUAUAUACAUAUAUACAUAUAAAAUACACACACACACACACACACACACACACACACACAUCCAUUCACACACAUGCUUGAUAGCGAAAAUGCUAGACCAGUAAAUUUACAGCUGACAUAAAAUUCGGAGGUGGUGCUGAUAGCAAAGAAGGUUAUUUUAAAUUACUGGGGAACCUUAAUCAGUUGGGGAAGUGGGCUGAGGAGCGUUCAGUGGGUUUCGAUACAGAUAAGUGUGAGGUGACACAUUUUGGAAAGUCCGACCAGCAUAAGACUUGGGGCACUUAGGCAGUGUAACAGAACAGAGGGACAUAGGAUUACAGUUUACAGUGCAUAGCUUACGUUGAAACUGGCGUCACAGGUAGCAAGGAGGUGAAAAGGGCAUUUAGCACACUGACCUUCAUUGAGCUGCGCAGUGAGUAAAGAAGUUUGGAUUUUAUGUUGCAGUUGUAUAAGUUAUUAGUGAGGCCACACUACAGUGUGCAGUUGUGGUCACCCUGUAAUAGGAAAGAUGUGGUUAACUCAAAAAGUACAGAGUACUCAAGUUAGCUCCAUCAUGGCCACUAGCCUCCAUAGCAUUCAGGACAUCUUCAAAGAACGAUGCCUCAAAAAGACAGCAUCCCUCAUUAAGAGAUGCACACCACCAUUUUCUCAUUGCUACCAUCAGGGAGGAGUGACAGGAACCUGAAGGCACACAUUCAGUGAUUCAGGAGCAUCUCCUUCCCCUCUGUCGUCAAAUUCCUGAAUGGACAUUGAACCCUUGAACACUACCACAUGACUUCUUGUGUUCUAUUUAUUUCUGUACAUUUUAAUGACACUUUAAUUAUAUAUAUACAUAUAUAUAUAUAUAUAUAUAAUAUACAUACACACACAGUUUCUAUUAUUAAGAAUUGCAUUGUACUGCUGCCACGUAGAACAAAUUUCACAGCAUAUGCCGGUGAUACUAAACUGGAUUCUAAUUCUGAUUCUGAGAAUACACACAGUGUUGAUGUCAUUGUGAUGUGUCAUCAUCAUCUAUCAGUUCUACCAUUGAGGUCUUGGUUGGAUCGCUGGAACCUCACCAUUGACCUUACCACCAUGGCGAACCCUGCCAGGAGUUAAGCUCCAGAUGAGAUCGCUCUCGGAAUCUCAAGAAAUCACAAGCCUCUCCACCACAACAAGGAGUGCCAAUCCUUAGAGAAGGCUAAUUCUAUUUACCUGCAUCUGACCCAUAUCCCUCUAAAGCUUUCCUCACUGUGUACCUGUCAUAUUUAAACUAUGGGUAGCAGAGUGGAGAUAUAUCUCUAACAAAGGAGGUGUAAGGCAUUCCUUUCCUCUGCUAGGCUGCAGGUCACCCUUGAGCAAGUUGUUGCACGUGUUUACCCCCCCCUCCCACUCCCAAUCAAGGUCACAUGAAAUCAUGGGAGCAGGUGAUAGUCUUAUGAGCAAGUAUCACGUCUUGAUGUGAACUCUGACACUAGGCAGACAAGCUCUGACAAUGCCUGGGAUCACCCAUCUUGUAAAGUCACUGCCCACUAGAAGAUAAUGGCAAUCCACUUCAGUAGAAAAAUUUGCAAAGACCAAUCAUGAUCAAUUGACCGUAAUCACCCAUGUGUUACGACACGGCACAUGAUGAUGAACUGGACCCAACGCCACCACUUCUGGCCGCUCAUUCCACACACCCACCACCCUCUGUGUGAAGAAUAUUCCCCUUUAAAUCUCUCCACCUCGCCUUAAAUCUAUGCCUUCUAGUUUCAAACUCCCUUAAUUUAUUGGUUUAUUACUGUCUCAUGUACCAAGAUACAGUGAAAGAUACAGUCUUGUUUACUGCUCAUACAGAUCAGAUCAUUACACCAUACAUGGAGCUGGAAUAUGAUAAAGCAAUAACAAUGCAGAAUAAAGUAUAACAGCUGCAGAGAAACUGCAGGUAAACAAUAAAGUGCAAUAUUAUAAAAUUAUGAGGGUAUAUAUAGUGUAAAUGCAAGCAGACUUUUUUCCAGAGGUUGGGUGAGAAUACAACUGGAGGUUAUAGGUCAAGGGUGAAAGGUAAAAAGUUUUAAGGGAAACAUGAGGAGAAACCUCCUCACUCAGAGAAUCGUGAGAGUGUGGAAUGAGCUCCCAGCACAAGUGGUGCAUGCAAGCUGGAUUUCAACAUUUAAGGAAAGUUGGAUAGGUGUAUGAAUGGCUGGGACAAGGAGAGCAAUGGUCCAGAUGCAGAUUGAUGGGAAUGGGCAAUUUAAAUGGUUCAGCACGCACUAGAUGGGCCAAAGGACCUAUUUCUGCACUGUACUUUUCAAUGACUCUAAGAUCAUAACAAUAUUGAUCGUAAGAUCAAGAGUUUGUCUUAUCAUUACCAGGGAACCAUUGAAGAGUCUGAUAACAGUGGAAUAGAAGGUGUCCUGAAGUAUGGUGGGAAAUGAUUUCAGGCUUUUUGA